AUGGAAGACAACAAGAUUGUCUCCGUCCUUUACCUCUUCGCCCUGUCGUCGUCGGUGUUAGCCCUGCAGGCCAGGCAUGCAGGUGUGGGAAAGUACCUGCCCGAGAAGGGCAAGGGCCAAGCAAACGACGCGAGUAUGGGGUGGUUCAAUAAUAUUGGCAAACCCCCCGGUCCGCGAUCCGAUGCCACCAUGAGCCUUUACUUGGGAUUCUGA